AUGGUGGAUAUCAGAAUUGACAAGAAUUUGUUUCAGGAACGAUUAUCACACUUUAUAUCAUCAUGGAAAGCUGAUAAGAGAGGCGGCGACGCGGUUUUCAAUGGCGCAAAUAGUAUCUUGGUGUUAAUGGGAAAGACGGAGGAUGUGGCAAGCUUUCAGAAAAAUAAUGCGAUUCAUUUUUGGUUAUUAGGCUAUGAGUUUCCUGCGACGCUCUUCCUUUUCACAGUCGAAACUUUAUACAUUGUGACAACAGCAAAGAAAGCGAAACAUUUGGAACCUUUGAAAGGUGGAAAGAUUCCUCUCGAAGUCUUGGUCAGAGGCAAAGAUGCAGCAGCCAACGAGAAGCUUUUCACAAAGAUCGCAGAUGUCAUUAAAUCAUCAGGGAAGAAAGUCGGAAUUCUACCAAAAGAUACAUCAAGUGGCCCUUUUAUCGAUGAGUGGAAGAAAAUCUAUACCGAAAUCAAGGACGUGGAAGAAGUAGAUAUUGCGCCAGCUUUAUCUGCUGCAGCUCUGGCACGCGCUAUGCGAAAUUCCUCAAAAGCAUGUACUGCACUCAUGAACCCAUAUUUCGUCGAGGAAAUGUCAGGCAUUUUAGAUGAAGAGAAAAAAGUCAAACAUAGCGCCCUGGCCAACAAAGUGGAUGGCAAAUUGGACGACGCCAAGUUUUGGACUUCCGUGGAGCUUCCUAAUAAACAGAGGAUGCCAAAUGACUUCGAUCCAUCACAAUUGGACUGGACCCAUGGACCUAUCAUACAAAGUGGUGGAAAAUACGAUUUGAAGAUGAGUGCUCAAGUCGAUGAUGAGUUAUUACAUGCUGGUGUAAUCAUUUGUUCUAUGGGUCUUCGAUACAAAACCUACUGCUCCUUGAUCGGCCGAACUUAUCUCGUCGACCCAAACAAAUCCCAAGAGAGCAACUACAAAUUUUUAUUGCAGGUUCACAAUCUUGUUAUGAAAGAAAUUCGCGAUGGCGCUCAUGUCAAAGAUAUUUACGCCAAAGCUUUAGCCCUCAUUAGAACCAAAAAACCUGAGUUGGAGAAGCAUUUCUUGAAGAAUGUUGGAGCUGGUAUCGGUAUCGAAACAAGGGACCCUACUUUACUCCUGAAUGCCAAGAGCACUCGCAGCUUAAAAGACGGAAUGACUCUUUGUGUCACUACAGGAUUCAAUGAUAUCGAGAACAAAGAUCCUCAAGACAAGAAGAGCAAAAUCUACUCUUUGGUAUUAUCGGAUACUGUUCGUGUCACCCAAGCGGAACCUGUUAUUUUCACAGGCGAUGCCCCCUCGGAACUUGAUGCAACAUCAUUCUUUUUCAAAGAUGAAGAAGAUGAGCCUGCACCAGAACCAAAAGCUACUAAGGCAAAGAAGGAUUCAAGUGUUGGGGCUGUCGCAGCUAAAAAUAUCACCAAGACAAAACUCCGGGGUGAACGAUCAACUCAGGUUGACGAAGGUGCCGAAGCCAGGAGGCGUGAGCAUCAAAAAGAGCUCGCAAAAAGAAAACAAGCCGAAGGCCUCGCAAGGUUCGCUGAAGCUACUGGUGAUCAAAAUGGUGUUGCCGUGAAAAAAUUCAAGCGAUUUGAAUCUUACAAGCGUGAGAAUCAAUUCCCUCCCAAGAUCAGAGAUCUCGCUAUUGUUAUGGACGCCAAAAACUCAACUGUUGUUUUACCCAUUAUGGGCCGUCCAGUACCUUUCCACAUCCAAACUAUCAAGAACGCCAGUAAGAGUGACGAGGGUGAAUUCUCAUACCUUCGAAUCAAUUUCUUAUCUCCCGGUCAAGGUGUUGGUAGAAAAGACGAUCAACCAUUCGAAGAUGCUUCAGCACACUUUGUUAGAAGUUUGACAUUCAGAUCUCACGAUGGAGAUAGAUUUCAAGACAUUGCCAAUCAAAUUGGUAACAUGAAAAAAGAUGCUGUUAAGCGUGAACAAGAAAAGAAGGAUAUGGAAGAUGUUGUUGAGCAGGACAAGUUGGUGGAAAUCCGAAAUCGUCGUCCAAUUGUUAUGGACAACGUUUUCAUUCGUCCAGCUAUGGAUGGUAAACGUGUACCCGGAAAGGUUGAAAUCCAUCAGAACGGUCUUCGAUAUCAAUCCCCUCUUAAUCUUCAACACCGAGUUGAUAUCCUUUUCAGUAACGUCAAGCAUCUUUUCUUCCAACCUUGUGACCAUGAAUUGAUCGUCAUCAUUCAUGUGCAUCUAAAGGAUCCAAUUUUGAUUGGCAAAAAGAAGACCAAGGAUGUUCAAUUCUAUCGCGAAGCUACUGAUAUUCAGUUUGAUGAAACUGGAAACAGAAAGCGAAAGUAUAGAUAUGGCGACGAGGAAGAAUUCGAAGCAGAGCAGGAAGAACGAAGACGUCGUGCUGAUCUUGAUCGACAAUUCAAAGCAUUUGCCGAGAAGAUUGCCGAUGCUGGUAAGAAUGAGAACGUUGAUGUUGACGUACCUUUCCGUGAACUUGGGUUUGGUGGUGUACCAAAUAGGUCCAGCGUUUUCUGUCAACCUUCCACAGAUUGUUUAGUUCAACUUACUGAACCUCCUUUUAUGGUCAUCACUCUUGAGGAUAUCGAAAUUGCUCAUCUUGAGCGUGUUCAAUUCGGACUCAAGAACUUUGAUAUGGUCUUUGUCUUUAAGGAUUUCCACCGUGCUCCUUACCAUAUUAAUACCAUUCCUGUCGAAUCACUCGAAAAUGUCAAGGAAUGGUUAGAUUCCGUCAAUAUUCCAUUUUCCGAAGGUCCACUCAAUUUGAAUUGGCCAACGAUCAUGAAGACUGUUACAGCCGAUCCUCAUGGAUUCUUUGAGGAUGGUGGAUGGGGAUUCUUGGCAACGGAAUCAGAUGAUGAAGGUGGUGAUGAAGAAGAUGAGGAAUCUGCUUUUGAAAUAAGUGAUGAUGAAAUGGCGGCCACGGAAGAAAGUUCGGAUGAAGAUAGUGAUUUUGAUAGUAAUGCAAGUGAGGAUGAAGGAGAAGAGGAUAGUGAUGAACAAAGUGAGGGAGAGGAUUGGGAUGAAUUGGAGAAGAAGGCCAAGAGGAAGGAUAUGGAAAGUGGAUUGGAGGAAGAAGAAGAAGCCCCUAAGAAGAAGAGAAAGCAUUAA